AUGAAAAAUAGCGAGGGGUGGGGUGUAAAAUUGAGAAAAAAUGGCCGUUGCCCCUUUUCUCUCGGGGAACCUUGCUUGCACGGGACGGCAAAGCUCGGAGAGCUAGGGCCCUCGUCGUGGGUGGUGGAGAGCAACGCCAGGGAAGGGGGAGUGGGAAGGAAUCCGACCUUCGUCCGCGAUCUGUGGCUGGAAAACUGCCCGGAGACUGCCCUAAGGGAGCCAAGAUUUGAUUUUGCCACCGACGAGCCAGUGGCACUUGAUCAAGGAGAGUCAACGCGGAACCUCUCGCACAAGAGAAGAAGCGGAUUUGAAAUGAGCAGCUCAGCGGACAGUGACCGCGAGGAGCGGUUCAAGCACAUCUUGCAGCCGAUCAGGGACUUGGCCCAGAACUGGGAUGUGGACAUCGCAACGAGUCUUGAGGAUUACUUGGAGGACCUGGAACACAUCACCAUCACCUUGGAUGGCGGUGCUUCCAAGGUUAACUUCGCAGAAGCGGCCCUGCUGAUUCAGGGGUCGACUUGCGUGUACAGCCGCAAGGUGGAGCACGUGUACCAGCUGGUGCAGAGGACGAUAGACUUCCUGACCCAGCAGAAGCAGCAGAACAACAACAACGCCGCCAAGAGCAAGAGCGGCGACGGAGAUGUCGGCGACGACAGCAUUAUGGGAGGAGAUGAGACGGCCUUUCUUCCUCUGGAUGACAUCAUCCUCGAGGGGAAGCACAUUGACAUCGGAUCUACUUCUAGCAGAUCGAGGAACCGGCGCCGCUCUUCCAUCGCCCCUAGUAGCGGCUUCCACGGUCGCGGCCAUGGUCAAGGCGAGGACGGGGGAGCCGGCGGCGGUUUGCCGGGGGGUGGGGACGUGCCGGAUAUCACCCGCCCGCCGAUGUUUCUCAUGGAGCAGGACUAUGGAAAUUCGUUCAAGAUGAGCACCUGUGCUCCGCAGCAGCUGUCCGGCACGCUCCUGAUAGAAGGCGGUGCGCUGGACGACUCGCUUUUUGCUCAAGGCGAUGCCGAGACGAGUGAAGCAGCAAGGGCGUGCGACUUUUGGCGAGGUUUGGGCCGGGAGGGGGACGGAGGGUUGAAGGCGCGGGCUGACGGGGAGAGAUGGACGGGCUCUGGCAUGGACAUGGGCGGCGGCGAUGACGGCGACGAUUCUGAUGGGGGCGGUGGAGGGUUUGAUGGAGACUUUGGGCCGGGUGACGACUUCGAUGACCCGAGAGAUGACGUGCCAGUCGACGGCCCGCGGACACCCGAAGGUUCGGUGUCGGGAAGGCGGGAGCUGCGGCAACGCGAGUCGAUCGAGAAGGAGGUGCUAAAGGCCGACAAGGCGCCGAUCGACCCGUGGGCGGCGUUAGAUCCGCAUGAUCCCGGAACGUCGCAGGCACGGCCUAUCCGCAAGGGCAGGACGUACAAGAUUCCCGCACAGGUCCGCAAGCGCCGCGGCGGGAAGAAAAUCCAGGGGGAAGCCAAGGGGGGUGGAGAGGAGCAGAAGGGCGACGGCGGCAGCUGGGUUGGCCGUGACGGUAGAGUCAUGCUAUCCGUACCCCUGCUCGGACUGGCCUACCCGGAGUUCCAAUACGUGUGGAACAGGGAGCGCCAGCGGAAGGCUGCCCAAACCCGAUUGGCCCGCCAACAAGCUCGCGGGUUUAUGGGGCGGGAGGAUUUCCUUCCCGAAUCAGCACCGCCCGACUCCGCGGGUAUGAAUGACGUGGGCACCGACUAUGACGGCUAUGGGUCUGACGGAUCCUACUGCAGCGAUGGGGGAGGGGGCUACGCAGACUACGGCGACCAGAGCGACGGGGGUGGGGACAUGGGUGGAUACGGUGAUGGUGGUGGUGAAGCCUAUGGUGGGGGAGACGGAGAGGGUGAUGCCGGUGUCGCGCCGAUCUCCCUGGAAGAUGCUUUCCGCAACAAGCCGCAGACGUACGAAGACCUAUGUCGCAACCAUAUCGAGGCGUUUAUGCGAGGGACGGAGAAGUACGCGCACGAGACGCAGCUGUCAAAAAGAGUCGGGGCGUGGCAGGAGAAGCUCGAGCCGCUCAUGGAAAGCCAGGAGAAGAGGCAGGCGUUCGAUAUCCACGCUUACGGGCAGUCCGUCCUUUCGAGGGUGGCGUCGGUGUUAACUCCUGCCCAGAGGGCGAGAGCACACACGGCCGCCAAGGGAGUACACCCCAAGGUGGCGGACGACGCCGCAGCAAGUCCGGAGGAAGCUGUGCAGGCCGACACCGCUGAGCCUGACGUUCCUUUGGUCGACUUCGGCACGGUAGUGGCCGGGAAGGAGCGCUUCGACGUAUGCCGGCUCUUCCUAGCGUCCCUUCAGCUGGCGAACAAUGGAAACGUCCGUCUCUUCCAUGGGGACAACGCUGCCGACCAAGAGACAACUCCCUUCCGGCUCGAGCUACUCACGCUGCAAAACUCCGACAACAUGAGUGGGUAUUUCGCGCCAUCCGCUUCCGCAGCCGGCACCGGACCCGAGAACGUUCCGGCGAAUGGCACGACGAAGAAGGGCACCAAGAACGGCGCUAGGAAGGGCGCAGAGGCGAAGACCAAGACGGGGGGCAGAAGAGGAGGUCGGGGUGGUAUUGUGGGGACGAAAGAAACGCCGAGCAUGAUCCAGGCGGCCGUAUGA